GUCAAAGUGUGUCAACUACUGGAUUUACUUAAAGUUAUGUUUUUUCACUUUAUUUUGCAAUGCACAUCUGGAUCAAAGCUAUGCCGCAGAUGUUAUGGAAUCAAUGAUCUGGUCAAAGUGUUGUCGACUACUGGAUUUACUUAAAGUUAUGUUUUUUCUCCUUAUUUUGCAAUGUACAUCUGGACCAAAGCUAUGCCGCAGAUGUUGUUAUGGAACCAAUGAUCUGGUUUGUUGACAACUUCACAAAAUGUUUGGGUCCAUUGUUCGUGGCUUGUGUGGUGACAUUGAUGUCUGCAGUCAUUGUCAUCAGUUACUGGAUUGGACUACCGUACUGGUGGGAACGAAACUGCUACGUCACCGUGGGUCUGCUGGUAGUCGGUCACUGGCUUCUCGUCAACACGUUGUUCCAUUAUUACAUGGGAGUCGUAACACCUCCUGGCUACCCACCUCAGGACUCUCUGAUCCCAGAAGCUGUGAGUAUUUGCAAGAAGUGUAUCGCCCCCAAGCCACCUAGAACUCAUCAUUGCUCUGUCUGCAAUCGCUGUGUCCUCAAGAUGGACCAUCAUUGUCCAUGGCUGAAUAACUGUGUGGGUCAUUACAACCACCGCUAUUUCUACAUGUACAUGAUUUUUAUAGUUGCGAGCACUUUAUUCAUCAUGGUUUUUGGCUUCGAGCUAGCCUACACAGAGGUGUGGCUUGGAGAGAGAGAGGGAGAUGACGAAGAACUAGUCGGACAUCCUGUGCGCUUCAACAACUCAGGUUCUGAGCCAGUUGUAGAAUGGGAUGAGGAGAUGGAGAGCAGAUCUCCCCCUGCGAGUCAGUCACCGGAGGUGAUGUGGCGUCGACGGUCUAUCAUCUUUAUGGCCUUUAUUUGCAGUGGUGCUUUUGUCGCCCUGGGUUGCCUUUCCAGUUGGCACGCAAAUCUGAUAGCUCGUGGAGAGACAAGUAUAGAAGCUCACAUCAACAAGUCAGAGACCAAGAGACUGGCUAAACUGAACAAGAUUUACAUUAACCCAUACAAUUUUGGAAGGGAUAGAAAUUGGAGAAAGUUUCUUGGUUUGGAAAGAGGAAG